ACACGAGGCCCAUCGUCUGGGCGAAUCGAGUUCGGAGUUCCAGUCUGAGCGAAAUGGCCUGAACUAGGAUGUGUUUAUUAAGGAUAUUACUGAUGGUAUAUCAUCGGUAUCAUGGAUGCAUAGGAUAACGACGGAAUAAGCUGCAUUGUAGGCAAUGCAGAAAGCUUUCGAUUUCAGACGGGGAGACACAACUGCCACCGCCGAACCUGCGUAGUCAAGGUUGAAAGAAUAGGAACGCGGACCGGGGACUUUUGCAGAGAUGGCUGCGGACGACAAAGUGGUAAUCCUAUCGGACGACGAAGAGGACCAGAAGAGGAAGUACGUCCUGGACGAACCCUUCAACACUCUUUCCCUGGAGCUGCAGACCGACCGAGAGCCAGUGUCUGCUGCAGCGUCAGACACACAGUCUGCUCCAGAGACACCCAUGGCCUCGCCACUGAAAGACCUUGGCUACUUUGAGAGGAUGUGCCUUCGAGUCAACUCUCAGCUCCUCAUCUCCAAGAUCUUCUACUUCUUCUUCUAUGCAGCAUACGGUUCCCUGCACCCACUCCUAGCCGUCUACUACAAGCAGCUCGGGAUGUCGCCAAGCCGUAGUGGACUGUUGGUUGGGAUCCGGUACUUUAUAGAGUUCUGCAGUGCGCCAUUCUGGGGAGUGGUGGCCGAUCGUUUUAAGAAAGGGAAGCCAUUGUUGCUGUUCUCUGUGCUGUGUUGGUUGGUGUUCAACUGUGGCAUCGGCUUUGUCAAACCAGCUGCCAUGGUCUGUAAGGAGAAGGUGGACAUCCCCACUGUGGCUCCACCAAUACUCCCCUUGACGACAAUGAUACCAAUUAACGGCUCGCUACCGGACGUUUCCACCAAUCACACGAGGAGAAGUCGUCGGGAUUUGUUUCGAAGUUACUUUCCUAGCUUCCCUUUUGUUUCGAAUGGCCGUGAUUCUGUCUAUAGCGUACGCCGCAGGCAUAGGAGAGGUGCUGAUAGCAAUACCACCCAAUCCACUGGGGUGUCUUACGAGCAGAACAAUGCCACGGCAACAACCUACACCCCCACCCAUGCCCAACCCAGAGUGGUGCCUAAUGAGCAAGCCAAUACCACUCAGUUUUUACUGAAUACCACAACUAUGCCACUGACCACUAAAAACCACACCCUUGCCCCUAACCAUGCCCCCACCACACAUUCCAUAUUGGUGCCUCACGAGCAGGGCAAUACCACUCAAGCUACACCAAAUACUACUUCAACAACUAUGGCAACCACUACCCCAGCCCCCACCCAACCCAGAGAGUACAUCAUUGAGUACAACGAGGAUCAGGUAGAGAGCAUCUUUCUCCUAAUCCUCUUGGUCAUCAUCGUGGGGGAGUUCUUCAGCACGCCGGCAGUCACCAUUGUGGACACGGUGACGUUACAGUACCUGGGGAAGCACCGGGACCGCUACGGCCUGCAGAGAAUGUGGGGGUCCCUUGGCUGGGGCGUGACCAUGCUGCUAGUGGGUAUCUGGAUAGACCACACCCACCUUACGCUGCUCAUCGACGGCGUGGUCGGCUGUAUCCUGCCCGAGUAUAAGAACUACCAGGUGGCCUUCAUAGUGUUUGGAGUGAUGAUGGGCCUGGCCCUGGUGGUAGCAACACAAUUCUACUUCGACAGUGGGGACUACAGACAGGAGUUGCCUCAGAGGCCUCAGGAGGUAGAGAUACCACAGGUAGGCGGGAACGUGGCAUCUCCAGAGGGGAGCGAGAGCUCCACCUCGGACCAGACCCCCAUCACCCCAGAGUCCACCAUCCCCGAACAGCCUUUCCACUACAGUGACCUCCUCAGGCUGUUCUGUAGUGUUCAGUACAGCACGGUGCUGUUCGUCGCCUGGUUCAUGGGCUUCGGUUACGGCUUUGUGUUCACCUUCCUGUAUUGGCAUCUAGAGGACCUGAAGGGGACCACCACGCUGUUUGGUGUGUGUUCGGUUCUGAGUCAUGUGUCGGAGCUGGCUGCUUACUUCACCAGUCAUAAGUUUAUUGAGCUGGUGGGACACAUCAGGGUCUUGUACAUUGGCUUGGCAUGUAACACAGCACGCUACCUGUACAUUUCUUACUUGGAGAAUGCAUGGAUAGUUCUGCCUAUGGAGGUCUUGCAAGGUGUGACCCAUGCGUCCGUUUGGGCAGCCUGUAUCUCCUACCUGAGUGCCGCGGUGCCCCCAGCUCUGAGGACCUCUGCCCAGGGUAUCCUCCAGGGUCUACACCUGGGGCUGGGACGGGGCUGUGGGGCCAUGGUGGGGGGAGUCUUCGUCAACUAUUUUGGAGCUGCAGAGACGUUCAGAGGGAUUGGAAUGGCUUCCCUGGUGAUACUCCUCAUCUUCUCCUUCAUUCAAUGUCUGACCGGACAGAACGAGGAAAAGGAGGACAGGAUGCCAGCAGAGAACAUUCCGGUUCCUUCCAGUCCAGUUCCCAUCGCUACCAUAGACUUGAUGCAGAACCAGAGCCAGGUGGGUGGGAUGGUGCCCCUCUCUAACCCUAGUCCCCCGGCUAAGAAGACCAAGCACCAGGAGGAGCAGGAGGAUGUUAACAGACCGGCCUGGGUGCUGAGUGGAUCCCCCUGGGUCACCAUAGCCUUCGCUGUCUGCCAGAUCAGAGAGAUGUACUGCAUGGCCAAGAGUAGUCUACCCUCAGAGACACAGCCACUGCAGUGACAAUAUGUGAACGAUUUCUCCCCACGCCUUCAUGUGAACUAAAGAAAGGAGCAAAAUGAUCAGAACUCUUCUGAAUACAAGGCAGUGGAGACUGAACACAGAGCAACAGAAGUCCCCACACCACCAUAACGGUUCCCCCAGGCAGCAUACCUAGCAAGGCCCACCCCGCAGAGCAUCCCGAAUCCCAGCCCUCUCCCAUACCAGACUAGGGGAACUCUGUGGAGCACCCUGCCUUUUUCACCUGGUAACUUUGAGGCUUCACAUCAACUGUCUCGUACAAAACUCUUUCCGGCAGUAGAUUAAAGGCUUGAGUUGAGUUUCGAGACGGUACUUACAUUCACUCGCGUGUCUCCUUUGGUUCCUGCGAUAUGUACAUUAGGGAAGGGGUAAGGAGCAGUGAGCACUACUCCACAUCGAUGACUGUGUGCUGUAAAAGGUACUGAGUGAUAAGCUUUCUGUGUGUGUGUGUGUGUGUGUGUGUGUGUGUGUGUGUGUGUGUGUGUGUGUGUGUGUGUGUGUGAGAUCUGGCAUUGUGUAAAUAGAAUUUGAUCUAGAAAGGGUCAAAAGGGAUUGUUGCCGUCUAGAAUGUAAUGUAUUUAUUUCCUCUGUGUCUUCCUGCACGUGCUUCUGACAAUCAUGUUAUUAUUAUGACUCUUGGGAUGAAAUGAUAUGUGUAUAGACAAUAAAAAUGUAUUUGUAGACAAA